UUCUGUGAAUCCACUGUGCCGGCGGGAGGGCGCCUGCCGCCCCAUAGUUCCUCAGUUCACGUUCGCCUUGUGUUUAAUACUAAAGGACAACACAUUGCAACAGAUCGAAGACCGCCAGUGCUGUAAAUCUUCAACACGCUCCUUGGGCUAGUGGUCUGAUAGAAUAGGGAAAGAUUAUUUACUUUAAUAAUAUAAAGUGAGAAACGUUUGAGUCUUGAAAUAACGUGCACUAUUCAUUCAAGAGCAUGCCUAUACCAAGUGAGUUUAACGUGGCCCAUGGAGUGGGGGCCAUCUGUGUUUUCAUUGGAGUCGUUCUGCACAUCAUAGGGCUGGCCACUCCCAACUGGACCACGGCUACGUUUAGGUACAUGAACCCUUUACUCUCACCAUCUGAAUAUACUGCGGAUGUAAGUGUGGGUCUGUGGAUGGACUGUGAUAAAGGUGGAUGCUCCACAAUAAAGAGUUAUAAUCUUACAGGUGCUUGGAGGGCAGCUGGAGCUUUUGCAAUUUUAGGGAUGUUGUCUAGCUUCGUCACCCUGGCAGUGGCCAUUGUCCACAUCGUCAUGCCUUUUUUCCAAAAACUUCAGUUUGAAGUCAUGUCUCUCGUAACAUUAGCAACCAGCAUUGCAACAGUGAUGCUAAUUAUCAUCUGUGUCAGCUGUUUCGGCGGCGGCGUCCACAACGUUUUUGUAUGGACAGAGAAAAGCAUCGGGUACUCUCUGGUUCUCAGCAUCAUAGGCGGCAUCGUCGUCUUCCUUGGCGGUGUAAUCUUUUACAUCCCACGUCUAAGAAAAACAUGAUCGCCUUUUUUGAAGACAUAUUUUGUACAGAAGCAUGUUCUUAUCGAAUAUAAACUUUUGUUAUCUUCACUUUUAGUAUCUAUUCUUUUUGAAAUAUAAACAUUUAUCAUUCAUUCUUUAUAGCAUUAAAUUUAGUAUCGAUGUAUAUAGUAAAGAUUUAACUGUAAUUUGUAUAAUAUAUUUUAAUAUGUAAAUAAAUCUAAAUCUAAUUACACAA